CUUUUGCUCCCAUCCUGCUUCUCUCCAACGUCUCUCCCAGCCCAAGCCAUCCCUAGAGCUGCUUUUCCCCUCACAGCUGCCGCCAUGGAUCCCUGCGUGUAAUCAACAUGGUUCCUUUCACCCUUUUCGCCGACCAGCACCUUCAAAAUAGCGGUGAUUUUGAGCUCAUCGCGCUGUUGAGAACUUUAUAUUGCGCGGAUUUCGAAUCUAAGGGUUUGUCAGGUGAACAAGUGAGACAACGCCAUGGCGCGCAAGGGUUUAAUGGAGCAGGAUCUCAAGACGCUGGAUGUGACGAAGCUCAAUCCGCUGUCUCCUGAGGUCAUUAGUCGACAAGCCACGAUCAACAUCGGUACUAUCGGUCAUGUCGCUCACGGCAAAUCGACCGUUGUCAAGGCGAUUUCCGGCGUCCAGACGGUGCGAUUCAAGAACGAGCUGGAGCGGAACAUCACGAUCAAGCUCGGCUACGCCAACGCCAAGAUCUACAAAUGCGAGGACGACGAGUGCCCGCGCCCCAUGUGCUACAAGGCGUACGGCAGCAGUAAGGAGGACAGUCCGCUGUGCGACGUGCCUGGAUUCGAGAAGGCUCGCAUGAAGCUGAUGCGCCACGUGUCGUUCGUUGAUUGCCCGGGCCACGACAUUCUGAUGGCGACGAUGCUGAACGGCGCGGCGAUUAUGGACGGCGCGCUGCUGCUGAUCGCGGGCAACGAGAGCUGCCCGCAGCCGCAGACGUCGGAGCACCUGGCGGCCGUGGAGAUCAUGCGGCUGAAGCACAUCAUCAUCCUGCAGAACAAGAUCGACCUCAUCCAAGAGAGCGUCGCCGUCAACCAGCACGAAGCCAUUCAAAAGUUCAUCCAGGGCACCAUUGCUGAUGGCGCGCCCGUGAUUCCCAUCAGCGCGCAGCUGAAGUACAACGUGGACGUGGUGUGCGAGAUGAUCAUCAAGCGCAUCCCCAUCCCCGAGCGCGACUUCAUCUCGCCGCCCAACAUGAUCGUCAUCCGCUCCUUCGACGUCAACAAGCCCGGCGCCGAGGUCGACGACAUCAAGGGAGGCGUCGCUGGUGGCUCCAUCCUGCACGGCGUGCUGCGGGUGGGGCAGAAGAUCGAGGUGCGGCCGGGCAUCGUUGCGAAGGACGCGGACGGCAACAUCCGUUGCACGCCCAUCUUCUCGCGCAUCAUUUCGCUCUUCGCCGAGCAGAACGAGCUGCAGUUCGCCGUGCCGGGGGGGCUCAUCGGAGUCGGUACUACCAUCGACCCCACGCUCACCAGGGCCGAUCGUCUCGUGGGGCAAGUGCUGGGGGAGGUCGGCGCGCUGCCAGACGUGUUCGUUGAACUGGAGAUCAACUUCUUCCUUCUGCGGCGGCUGCUGGGAGUGCGCACCAAGGGCACUGAAAAGCAGGGCAAGGUGGCGAAGCUGACCAAGGGCGAGGUGCUGAUGCUCAACAUCGGGUCCAUGUCCACAGGGGCGCGCGUGCUGGCUGUCAAGAACGACCUCGCCAAGCUGCACCUGACCUCCCCUGUCUGCACCAAGACGGGCGAGAAGCUGGCGCUAAGCCGCCGCGUGGAGAAGCACUGGCGGCUGAUUGGCUGGGGGCAGAUCCAGGCGGGGGUGAAGCUCGACGUGCCGCCGCCUGUUGACCUGCCUAAGUAGGGGGUGUGUGUUCUGGGGAGUGGAGUAGGUGUCUGGGAGUGGGAAUAGGGUCAGUUCAGUUGGGGGGAGGUGCUAAAGGCGCUUGAAAUAUCCAGGAGCAGGGUCAUCUGGCGCCAACAGAACAGAGGCGUGCUAUCUGACGGAGGCCGGGGCACGGUAGGAGGGUACCAGAUAAGAGGUUUGGGUUGAGCAGCAGGGUUGAACCUCGUGCAGCAGGCAGGUCAGGGGAGGCGACUCUUUGGCCUGAGGAGGCCUGGCUGCUGCUGUUGAUUUUCUAGGAGUUGUCUGCUUCCAAAUUUAUCCAGCAAUCAUUGUGUUGCCUGAGCCAAAGAUCAUUUCUGAAAUGCUUCCAGUUUUUUGCAAAGGGAAGCAGAAUGGAAUGUAAUCAGGAUGAAUCUGGAUUGGUUUAGGGUGGCUGUAAUUGCUUGGAAAGAAGACCU